CUCCCACUAUUUUUCAUUCUUGGAAAUUGUAAUCCGUUUGAGUUUGCUCCGUGCAACCCGAACUCAACUUUCACACCGCAACGACGAUUGUUGUUCACCUCAGCCCUUGGCGGAAAACACAACCACAGCAACCGUACUUACUAAUUGACCACAGAGCCCUCAAAAUGUCCUCCUCACUCCCUAAACCCUCUGAUUCCACCUUCACCCCUUACCCGUACGACACCUCCCUCGCAGACCUCGGCCAAAUCCGCUACGACCAAGAUGUAGCCGCAAUUGGCGACCGCGACCACGCUUUCUUCACGCAAGCACCGGUCCAUGUCGCCUCGGGUCGGGCCCCGGAAGGUCUUGAGGCCCAGGUUUUCGCUUGGAACCUUAUGCAACACACAACUGAGGAUCGCGAUGACCGAGAAGAGCUGAAGGGAGAUCUACACGGGGGGCAGCUUCACCGUGCAAAUCGGGCCGCAUUGCAGCCGGUGCCGAAUAUGUCGCUACUGGAACCGGUCGGUGGAAGGGGUCGAGCUAAUCUUUCGCCAUUUGAUCCUCUGGUUGCCGCCUAUAAGCCAGAGAAUAGUUGUCCACCAUUGGCGAAGGGGCACGCAGCUGAGUUGCCGGCGGAGCUCUUCUGGAAUGAACCGAUACCUUGCGAUUUGUAA